AUGGUCAACACUGAGCUUUGCCAUCGGCUCUUGGUUGCGUCCUUGGCCUCUUUGGCUUCCACUGCCGCGUUUCUGACUCCACAUGCUGUCACACAUUGGCCAAGAAAAUCUAUAUCUCAAAGGACUGGAAAUCAAGCAUCAUUGCAUGUGGCUUUAAGAUCCGCCACCAAUGAAGAUGACAAAGAUAUUAUUCAAACGAUGGACAUACUCGGUAUUUCGGCCACGGACAAGGAUGCCAUCUUGUCUAAUCUCCAACGAGCUGGGCUUUGGGAACCUCCGAACGAGACAAACUCCUCCAAUCCGAAUACCCUUGGAUUAUUGGCUCAAGACUUUGUCGACCGACCAGAAGCAUUCUCCUCAAUAUUGAUCAACGAUUUUGAUUUUCCGCCCCUUGCGGCUCACCAAACUCGAGCGGUGGUCAUGAGUGUGGUAAAGAAGCGCAUGAGUUUGCAGCAACAGCGGUUUACUUUACAACAAAUUGGAAAAAAUGAAGUAGGAUUAUCCCAACAACAACUUGGUGCUGUGGCCCCACCAAUUGAGCCAAAGCAAGAUCACGGUACUGCCAUUGAACCUUGGACGGUUGGAAGAGGCCAGAAGCAAAGUAUCGACAUCGAUGAGCACCAAAGCGUCGAAAAUAAGACAGCAAAGCCUAAUUUGCCAAAAAUAAGAAUCAUAAGCAACAUAGAAGGCCCGAGUAUGCCGUCAGAUGAAGCUCAAAUCGACCAGAAGCAAGAGGAGGAAGCCGAAAGGAAACCAAAGAAGCUGUCUAGAUUCAAAGCAACAAUCAUCAAUGAAAAGGCCAAAGCGCGGCGAAAAAAUGGCGAAUACGAAUAUGCUCUGGAUGAUGGCCUGUAUCCCCUGUUGGCAAAUGAUCUCCAAGCCUUCUUUCUGUUCAUGACCCGCCCUUCGCCUCAUUCCCAGGAAGAUCCGAUUCGGGGGGCGACCGCCGAAGUUUACAUGCGACAUGCACGCCAAUUCCUGGGCUGGUAUGUCACCCAAGAGAAGCGGCCAGUAUCCUCCAGUGAAAGCAAACCAGAAGUUCCUUCAAAUGAGAACCUUUCGUUGCAGGACAUCAUUCCAAACAAAGAACAGGAAUCGGCCAAUGAUAUUAUUGACUUUGUUCUCUGGUUACGAUCUAGAGAUGUCAGUGUUUCCUAUGAAGCCAACAUUCUACGAGGGUUGACCAAGUUACUCAAGUUUCGAUUUUCGAGAGAGAGCCAGACUGAUUCAGCCCAGAAUGGAAACACUUUUUCCGAUAUUCCACUAAUUAAGGAGAUUCGAAAGCUACAUCGGGAUGCAAAUAUGCGACAGAAAUUGGCUCCACGAUCUAGUAACGAACAAAAGAAAUGGCUCUCCUGGCCAGAGUAUCUGCAAGUGAUUAAAGAACUGAAACAAGAGCUUCUCGAUUUGAUGGAGCAAUAUUUUCAGUUGCAGUCAAAGGUUCAGAAAGUAAAGGUUGCGGAAGCCUACCAAUGCUACCUCAUUUUGUCCCUCUUUGCCAGUAUCCCGGAUCGACAACGGACCAUGCGAGAACUCGCCAUAGGAACUACCUUGGUGAAGAGCGAAGAAACUGAUGGCUGGACCGUCCGCCAUGGUCCCGACGAUUACAAGACCGGCAAGUCCUAUGGUGAACGACCCACCAUGCAACUACGGGAAGACCUUUCACUAGCGAUUGACGACUAUAUUGAUAACUGGCGAUCGGCACUGGAACCCACCACUGAUUUUCUCUUUGUACAGUCUCGUACGGGCAAACCAUUGACUGCGGAUGGCAUCUUUCAACGGGUUUCUCGUUCCUGCUUCAAGUAUGGCGGGAAACGUACCAAUCCGCAUUUGUUACGAGACAUGAUUGUGACCCAUGUGCGAGAGUCAGAUGCUUCGGAGAAGGAAUUGGAGGCCUUGGCAUUGUACAUGGGACAUUCGAUUUCAAUGCAGCGUUCAUCGUACGAUCGACGAACUCUGACCACUAAGAUUGCUCCUGCCGUUGAGCUCAUGCGAUCCAUCAACACAGAUGCCUAA